GAGGAUAAUUUCAGGACAAAAAUGUGUUUUCGCUUAUUUUUAGUGUUGGGUUCUACUGCGAUUACCACUAAGAUCUCAAUUCCGUGGAAACACGCUAAAGAUUCUUCUUCUUGUUCUUUCAUUUUCUCCCUGCGAGCUAUGGCAAACACGACGUCGAAGGGACCGCCGGUGGCAAAGAAAGUGAGGCACGAAAUGGAGUUGUUCGGGGACAUUAGAGUAGACAACUAUAACUGGCUUCGUGAUGACUCUCGCUCUAACACAGAUAUCCUCUCUUACCUCAAUGAAGAAAAUGCUUACACACAUUCUGUAAUGUCUGGGACAAAACAAUUAGAGGAUCGUAUUUAUACCGAGAUAAGAGGAAGAAUUAAAGAGGAUGAUAUAUCUGCACCCAUGCGGAGAGGAUCAUACUAUUACUACAGUAGGAACUUGGAGGGUAAGGAAUAUGUCCAACAUUGUAGAUGCUAUGUGCCUGCAAGUGGAGCUCCAGCAUCUGUUUAUGAUACAAUGCCAACUGGACGUGAUGCUCCUUCAGAGCAUGUUAUCUUGGAUGAGAAUGUGAAAGCUCUAGAACAUACAUAUUACAGCAUUGGUGCUUUCAAAGUCAGCCCAAAUAACAAGUUAGUUGCAUAUGCAGAGGAUACCAAAGGAGAUGAAAUAUACACUGUUUAUGUUAUUGAUGCAGAGUCUGGAAUGCUGGUUGGGAAACCUCUGGUUGGUGCCAUUACAUCACAUCUUGAAUGGGCAGGUGAUGAAGCAUUGGUUUACGUCACAAUGGAUGAGAUCCUUCGACCAGACAAGGUUUGGUUGCAUAAAUUGGGAACCAACCAGUUAGAUGACUCUUGCCUUUAUCAUGAAAAUGACGAAACAUUUUCUUUGGAUCUUCAAGCAUCCGAGAGCAAGAAAUAUUUAUUUAUUGCUUCUGAGAGUAAAAUUACAAGAUUUGUCUUUUAUCUAGACACUUCAAAACCUGAAAAUGGAUUGCUGGUAUUAACAUCACGUAUUACUGGGAUUGACACAUCAACUAGUCAUCGUGGAAAUCAUUUCUUCAUCAAGAGGAGAAGUGAUGAAUGUUUCAAUUCAGAAUUACUUGUGUGUCCUGUGGAAAAUAUAUCUGCUACCACUAUUCUCCUUCCUCACCGUCCAAGUGUCAAGCUCCAGGACAUACAACUUUUUACUGACCAUCUUGCUGUUCGUGAACGUGAAAAUGGUCUACCCAGAAUAACUGUAUAUCGUCUUCCUGCUGUUGGAGAGCCACUAGAAAGACUUCAAGGUGGUCGUGCUGUUGAUUUUGUUGAUCCUGUAUACUCUGUGGAUCUGUUAGAAUCAGAAUUUGAAUCCGGUGUACUCAGGUUUUCUUAUAGCUCAAUGAGAACCCCACCUUCUGUAUAUGAUUAUGAUAUGGACACAGGGGUUUCGGUGCUGAAGAAGAUUGAGACGGUACUGGGAGGCUUUGAUGCAUCAAAUUAUGUAACUGAGAGGCAGUGGGCUACUGUUUCAGAUGGCACAAAGAUACCUAUAUCAAUAAUCUAUCAAAAGAAUCUUGUAAAACUUGAUAGUUCAGAUCCAUUGCUUCUUUAUGGCUAUGGAUCCUAUGAGGUAUGUAUUGAUCCCACUUUCAAGGCGUCACGUAUGUCUCUGUUAGACAGGGGUUUCAUUUAUGCUAUUGCUCACAUUCGUGGAGGUGGCGAAAUGGGGAGACAGUGGUAUGAAAAUGGGAAACUGUUGAAAAAGAAAAAUACUUUCACAGAUUUCAUUGCUUGUGCAGAGUAUUUAAUAGACAACAAGUACUGUUGCAAGGAAAAACUUUGUAUCAAUGGAAGAAGUGCAGGUGGAUUGCUGAUUGGUGCUGUUGUUAACAUGCGGCCUGAUUUGUUUAAAGCCGCUGUGGCUGGGGUUCCUUUUGUAGAUGUUUUAACUACAAUGCUUGAUCCAACUAUUCCUUUAACAACUUCAGAGUGGGAGGAAUGGGGUGAUCCACGUAAGGAAGAAUUCUAUUACUACAUGAAGUCAUAUUCCCCUGUUGAUAAUGUCAAAGCACAGAAUUAUCCAGACAUUCUUGUUACAGCUGGCUUGAAUGAUCCACGUGUUAUGUACACUGAGCCAGCGAAGUUUGUGGCCAAAUUGAGAGAUAUGAAGACGGAUGAUAAUUUACUCUUGUUCAAAUGUGAAAUGGGUGCAGGACAUUUUUCAAAAUCUGGAAGAAUGUCAGUCAUCCGACAUCAAUUUCUUGCCCCACAGACGGGCCGAUUCUUCGAAGGGCUAGAACGCGGAGGAAGAGAAGGCGAUAGCAGCGAAGCAUGUCCAGCCUGCGGUUGAAAAGGCGCUUGUUCUGACUUCAGUAUCUGCCCGGGGGGUCUAGAGGAAACCACUCUUCCGGUCGAGUACAAAGCAGCCUUAUGGAAUCCCCAUCAGAUGAGCACCUAGUGAUGACCGACUAUCCACCUAAACCAGGAGAUCACUUUGGGUCUCAAGCUAUGUUGCUCGGACUCUUCAAAUGUCAAUGGGUCCGUGUCGGAUUCUCCAAAAGUAGUGUAUUUUUGGAGAAUCUGACACUGGUACGGCAUCGGAAGUGAAGGGUCCGCACCACUUAGGUCUCAAUCAAGCAUCUAUUGUUGAGAAAAUCUUACCCAUCCUAUGAAAGCUCUAACUGAAUUCUGAGAUGUUUUCUAGAUCUGAAGUAUAAUUUCUACUUUUUGGGGUUAAGAUCAUACUGAUGCUAUUAAAAGCCAUCUACUCGUCCAUCAAGCAAGGA